AUGGAAAUUUUCUCUAACGUCAGUGCGCCUGCUGUGGCCAUGGCAUCUGCCUUGUCGGUUGCGGCUGGUGCUUAUCUGAAUGCGAAGCUUGCUAUUUCCACUGAUUUGCAAUCAAUACACAGCGAUAAGGCUGCGAAAAAGCGGUUAAACGAGCGCAUCGCCGAGCUCGAUGGCUCAACAACAAUCUACAAGAUACUCGAGCGGGCGGUGGAGGUUGAAGGACGAGGUGCUACCGAUGCGCUCUGGUUUGAGCAGAAGGCCUGGUCAUACAGCCAGUUAAAGGAAUUGGCCGACAGAAUGGCUGCUCUUUUGAAGAGCCGUGAUAUCAACCCCGGUGAUACAGUGGGUGUUUUCACCACCAACUCUCCCGAGAUGGUCGUGACUGUGUAUGCGCUGUCAAAAUUGGGCGCUGUUGGAGCGAUGAUCAACACCAACCUACGAGACGAUACUUUCAUUCAUUGCCUCAACGUUUCCAGCUCCAAAUUAAUCAUCUCAACCGCAGAUCUGGCUCAGCAUGUCUGCACCGACCUACCGCACUUCACAUUGAACAUGGAGUCAUUCCAAAGUACCGAAACAGGCACAAUCGAGCUCAUCACCUCGGAAACCCUGCAGCAGUUCUCCCCAUCAGGUCUUGCUGCAGCUAAGCGCAACCCGAAAGACCUCUGCGUUUUAAUCUACACAUCAGGAACAACAGGAAGGCCCAAAGCAUGCGCAAUCCGCAAUAUGCUCACCUUGAUCACAUCCACUCCACUCUCAGCAGACCUCAACAAUCCCUCAAAGUACCACCCAUUCCGCUUUUGGAAAGAGGUGCACGACUCAGGCGCAACCCGCAUCCUGUACAUCGGCGAGUUAUGUCGGUACCUGCUCGCGACCCCAGCAUCCCCCUACGACCAAGACCACAAGUGCAUCGUGGCAAGCGGGAACGGGCUGCGCGGGGAAAUCUGGGAGAAGUUCCGCAAGAGAUUCAACGUUCCUGAGAUCCGCGAGUUCUACCGCUCAACCGAGGGAGUCGCCAAAUUCGAUAACCACGGUGUUGGAGCCUGGGGUGUUGGUAAGGUCGGAUUUUCUGGACCUAUACGCCGGUUCUUGGAAGACGAAACUUUCAUCGUUAGGUAUGAUACUGAUGCCGAGAUGCCGUAUCGGGAUCCUGUCACUGGGUUCUGUGUAAGAGCUGCACUUGGACAGGAGGGUGAGGCAAUUGGUCGUGUCCGGGACCGUGGUACGCUGAUUGAGUAUCUGGGUAAUGAGGGUGCGACGGAAGAGAAGCUUCUGCGUGAUGUAUUUCAGAAGGGAGAUUUGUUCCAGCGGACUGGCGAUCUGGUUGUUCAAGAUGAAUCUGGAUGGGUGAGAUUCCAAGAUCGGGUUGGUGACACUUUCCGCUGGAAGGGUGAGAACGUUAGCGCAGGAGAGAUUCGGGACCAUAUUUGCCGGAUUGAGGGUGUACAUGACGCUGUGGUAUAUGGUGUGAAGCUGGGCGGGUACGAUGGCCAAGCUGGAGCCGCUGGUAUCACGCUAGAAUCACCAGCAACUGAGACGGAAUUGAUGUCGACCUUGUACAAGAAGCUCAGGAAGAAGGGUGUUCCAUCAUACGCUCUGCCUCGAUUGGUCAGACUCACUGAGAAAGUUGCCACGGGUGUCACUUUUAAGCAAGCUAAAGGUGACCUAGCCAAGAAAGGCUGGAACCCUCGCAAAGACUGUGGCGGUGACAUUCUGUAUUGGUUGGACGGCACAAAGUAUCAGAAGUUGGAAGAACAAAGUUGGGCGGAGAUUGAGAGUGGUAAAGCCAAAAUCUGA